UUUUCACUCUUGAUUAUAAAGGAGGAGUUUGCUGUAUAGACGCUUAUACCCCAACUGGCUGAAUGAACUGAGUCGUCCUCUGUGAUCCCAGGAGGUUUUUACUGCUCUCACACAGACUGAUUUGCGCAAAAAGAAAAAGGACGAGCCGACAAGAACAUGGCUGUUGCGGGCUGCACGAAAUGCAUUAAAUAUAUGUUAUUCUUCUUUAAUUUUAUUUUCUGGCUGGCUGGAGGUGUGAUCUUAGGAGUGGCCCUGUGGCUUCGCCAUGACAGUCAAACCAGCAACCUCCUCAUACUUCAGUUUGAAGGCCACCAGGCACCGGGUACCUUCUACAUCAGUGUUUACAUACUGAUAGCUGUUGGAGCUGUGAUGAUGCUUGUGGGUUUUCUCGGAUGUUACGGAGCCAUUCAGGAGUCUCAGUGUCUGCUGGGGGCGUUCUUCUUCUUCUUGGUGAUCCUCUUUGCCUGUGAAGUCGCUGCAGCAAUCUGGGGUUUCAUGAACAGGGACACUAUCUCCAAAGAGUUAAUCAAUUUCUAUGACUCAGCGUACAUCAAGGCCGUGGACGUCUCAGGCUCUCCCAGUAAAGACAGUGCCAUCAAGGUGCUGGAUGUUUUCCACAACACGCUCGACUGCUGUGGUAAAGGAGACGACACCCCUCUCUUCAAACAAGUCGCCGGCACCUUGUGUCCUAAAAAGACUGCAGAAGAUUUCCUGAGAUCUCAAAGCUGCCAUGAUAAACUGAUCGAGCUGUUCUCGGAGAAGCUCUACCUCAUCGGUCUGGCCGCGCUGGUGGUUGCUGUCAUCAUGAUCUUUGAGAUGAUCUUCACCAUGGUGCUCUGUUGUGGGAUCCGUAACAGCCCUGGAGUUUACUAGGCGUCCAGCAAGCAGCGACGGUCCACAUCAGCCUGUACUGGAUAUAUUUUAUUAUAUGUUUCUAUGCAUCGGCUCCUCUUCUUUAAGCUUUUAGCACGAGAUGGAUGGACGUUUCUCCAUUUAUUAUAGAUUAGAUGAUACCUUUUUUUUAAAAAAUUAUAUUGCUAAUCACUCAUUUUUAGACAAUAAUUUAGCUUCUAGCAGUGAAAUGUUGUUUUUAUUUAUCAUACAACACUUUGUAUGACUCUUUUAUACAUGCAGUAUGCUGUCAUUAAUGCUGUUUUUAUGGAUGUAUAAAUUGUACAUAUACUUGUCAUAUGUUAAUAACCCGUAGGAGAGGCCGUGUAUCCCCUGAUUGAUUGUUUAUGUUGCAUGUCGUCACAGUGUGACAGUGUUAUUUAAGCCACAGGGUUUCAGCGCUCUAGGAAAAUCUGUCUAAUAAUUAUCAGGAGGAGGAGUCUGUGAGUGUUGUUUUUUUUUAGUCGACUGUUGGUGCUUUCAUGCUAAAGCGUUCCCCUAACUCGAGUCUCUUCCUCGCGUAUUAGCUCCUCCCUGUGAAGAUGUGAGAGGAGGCUACACCUGUAUUUCCUAAUCUAAGCUCCUGCAAAAGCCUCAUGGUGUGUUUAGGGGACUGGAAAAUCCUCUACGUGUCUCUUCUUUGUGCCCUGAUGAACCAUCUCAUGCUGUCUUAUACCUUUGUUAACUUGUGAAACGCCCCUCCUACAGGACAAGGAGUCCUCUGACUCAACCUGUUUUAAUAAUACUAAUAAAUUAUGCCACCACUCUUGUA